AUGCGUGACAAUUUUGAAAGAUUGUUAAGAGAACAAGGUGAACAACUUCAACAAAGAAUUGAUGAGUUGGAAAGGAGGCCCCAAAAUUCUAAUGAUGGUAGUGGUGAUGAGGAGGAAAGAAGACGUAGAAGGAGACAAGGGGGAGAUAAUUUAAGGGGCAUAAAAAUUAAAGUUCCAACUUUUGUUGGAAAGAGUGACCCGGAGGCAUAUCUAGAAUGGGAGACUAAACUUGAACAAAUUUUUAAUUGUCACAAUUAUUCUAAUCUUGAAAAAGUGCAGGUUGCUUUUAUUGAGUUCAAGGAGUAUGCCUUAGUUUGGUGGGAUCAAUUGACCAAAGAUAGAAGGAGGGAAUUGCACAACAAAUUGCAAAGACUCACUCAAGGUUCUAAAAGUGUUGAAGAAUAUUUCAAGGAGAUGGAAGUUCUCAAAAUUAGAGCUAAUGUAGAGGAGGACGAUGAAGCAACUAUGGCUAGGUUUCUCCAUGGUCUAAAUCAUGACAUUAGUGACAUAGUGGAACUUCAUCACUAUGUUGAAAUGGAUGAAUUGGUACACCAAGCUAUCAAAGUGGAACAACAACUCAAAAGAAAGAGCCAAGCAAUGAGAAAUUCCACCACUUUCAAUUCUCAAAGUUGGAAGCACAAAACAAAGAAGGAGGGUGCUUCAUCAUCUAAGGAAGCCACGGUUGAAAACAAAGGUAAAACUAUUACAUCUUCUUCUUCAAGUGUUUCAACUAACAAAAGUGUUAAGUGUUUCAAGUGUCAAGGCCAAGGACAUAUUGCAUCUCAAUGUCCAACAAAGAGAACUAUGCUUAUGGAAGAAAAUGAAGAAAUUGUUGAAGAGGAGGAUGGUGAUUAUGAUGAGGAGUUUGAAGAAGAAAUACCUAGUGGAGAUUUACUCAUGGUGAGAAGAAUGUUGGGAAGCCAAAUAAAGGAGGAGGAUAUAAGUCAAAGAGAAAACCUUUUUCAUACAAGAUGCUUUGUGCAAGGAAAGGUUUGUUCUUUAAUAAUUGAUGGAGGAAGUUGUACAAAUGUUGCAAGCACGCGUCUGGUUUCUAAACUAAAAUUGGAAACAAAACCUCACCCUAAGCCUUACAAACUCCAAUGGCUUAAUGGAAGUGUAGAAAUGCUUGUUAAUAAACAAGUUGAGAUUUAUUUUAAAAUUGGAAAAUAUGAGGAUGUAGUGUUGUGUGAUGUAAUACCAAUGGAAGCUAGUCAUUUGUUAUUAGGAAAGCCUUGGCAAUUUGAUAGAAAAGACAAUCAUGAUGGGUACUCCAAUAAGUACUCUUUUAUGUAUCAUGAUCAAAAGAUCAAUCUUGUACCGUUAAAUCCUAGUGAGGAAUUUAAAGAAUUGUUUCCGAAAGAGGUGCCAAGUGGUUUACCACCUAUAAGAGGAAUUGGACAUCAUAUUGAUCUCAAUCCAGGAGCAUCUUUGCCUAAUAGGCCAGCAUAUAGAAGCAAUCCACAACAAACUCAAGAGAUACAAAGCAAGAACUUAGAUGAUCAUUGCAUUCAUUUAAGGGCUGUUUUGCAAGUGCUAAGAUAUGAAAAUUUGUAUGUCAACCUAGAAAAAUGUGUCUUUUGCACCGAUCAUGUGAUUUUCUUAGGUUUCAUUGUGAGCUCUAAAGGAGUCCAUGUUGAUGAGGAAAAGGUGAAAGCCAUUCGAGAGUGGCCUCCUCCCAAAAAUGUAAGUGAGGUAAGAAGCUUUCAUGGUUUGGCUAGUUUUUAUAUGAGUUUUGUGAAGGACUUUAGUACCUUGGAAGCACCCCUCAAUGAAAUUGUUAAAAGGGAUGUUGGUUUUAAAUGGGGUGAAAAACAAGAGCAAGCCUUUGCUGCCCUAAAGGAAAAGCUCACCCAAGCACCAAUUCUUGCAUUGCCUAAUUUUUCUAAAUCUUUUGAAAUUGAAUGUGAUGCAUCUAAUGUGGAAAUUGGAGCUGUUUUGUUGCAGGAAGUUCAUCCAUUUGCUUAUUUUAGUGAAAAGCUAAAAGGGUUUGCCCUUAAUUAUUCUACAUAUGAUAAGGAAUUGUAUUCCUUGGUGAGAGCUCUACAAACUUGGCAAUAUUACUUGCUGCCCAAAGAGUUUGUCAUUCAUAGUGAUCACGAAUCCUUGAAACAUUUGAAGGGACAAGGUAAGUUGAAUAUGAGGCAUGCCAAGUGGGUUGAGUUUCUUGAACACCUUCCUUAUGUAAUCAAGCAUAAGAAAGGUAAAUCUAAUGUUGUGGCAGAUGCACUCUCAAGAAGACAUGUCUUGCUUUCUACUCUUGAAACAAAAGUUUUUGGUCUUGAGCAUAUUAAAGAUUUGUAUAAAAGUGACCUUGAAUUUUCUUCAAAUUUUUUAGCUUGUGAGCAUACUGCCUUCAAUGGGUAUUUUAGGCACAAUGGCUAUUUAUUUAAAGAAAAAAAACUGUGUGCCUAA